CAGGGCCUCCGAAAAUAGCAUUGUCAAUAACAUUAUUUCAGAAAAUAACAAUAAAUUACGCAUUUCGGCGAGUUCAGCCAUCUACCGUGAUAAUUUAUUGAUGUGCUUUGUGAUAUUACAUAAUUUAUGCCAGUUACCUUUAUAUAAUAAUGUUAGCGUUUUACCAGUCAUCUUCUCGCUUCCAGUCGUUCAGAAGAACUGGAAUCACUGGUUGUCUGCGUUGCUAGUUGCAGCUCAUUUGGCAGCGCUCCCUUUUCAAUUUUCACUUCUCAAGUCUCCAAGACCUCAUCCAGCAUGGUUCGCGCUAUCCGCCCCCCUCGCCCUACCUACACGAACUCCCAAGUCUCGGGGUUUUACUUCCACCCGUGUCGCGACGAGAACGACGAGGUGAUUCGCGAGUAUUUCCGUUGCCGUUGCGGCACGGUUCGGAAGCAAACCCAUAGGAACGGGUACUCCAACCUGGUGCAACAUAUCAGGGGGAAGCACCCUGACUACGAGACCGUCAUGCUCGACGCUACGACGGCGGAGACAGGCUCCCUCGUGAAAUUCGUCCGCCACUCGGCGCUCAACCUCCACGGCUGGAUGGUUUGGAUUGUCAUGUGCAACCUGCCACUCCCUUUUUGUGAGAGCCGAGAAGCUCGGCGGUACGUGUAUGCAUAAGGUCAUUGUGUUUACAUUACUACGGAAACUAACAACUUUACUUUAUGGAUGUUAUUCAGCUACUUCAGCCUGGACCCCAUCUCGGAGGAAACGCUGCGGGCUGGCAUGGACGGGGUCGUCGUCGCCGUCGAGCGUUCGAUUGCGUCGGAGCUCCCAGCACGCUUCGGCAUCAUGCUCGACGGCUGGACACACGCAUCUGAGUACUACAUCGCCGUGUUCGCGUGCUAUGAGGUGAACGGCUGUCCCAAGACAACGCUACUCAGCAUGGCCCCGCUGCUGGACGCGCUGGACGACGAACUCUCCGCGCAGGGCCAUCUCGAGUUUCUAGCGACCACGCUGCCGCGCGAUUACGGCGUACAGCUGGCGCAGUGUCGCUUCCUCGUAGCUGACAACUGCGCCGUAAACCGGCGGCUGGCAACUCUUAUAAGUGCGCCGCUUGUUGGUUGCGCAAGCCACCGCCUGAACCUUGCUGUUCAGGCGGACAUGGCGUCGCAUGAGGAGGACCUGACUGUUGUGCAGGCGCUCAUGGUGUGGUGUGUCAAUAUGUCUCUAACACAUUUUGUAUACUUUUGUAAUUUUUUACAACAUAGGUUGAAAACGCCACUUCGGCCUGUCAUUCGCCAGGACACGCGCUGGAGCUCUACGUUCGAGAUGGUACAGCGCUACCUCCAGCUCCUCGAGUUUCUUGACGCCGAAGGCGACGACCUCAUGGACCUGCUGCCGCCGCCGGCGAUGAACAAGCGACUGCGGGCAUUGUACCAGGAGCUGUGCGACAUCGAGUCGGUCUCGAAGGCCCUUCAAGGCCACGACGUCGACCUGCUGGACGUUCGCGAGUGGUUCGACGAGCUGAUCGCUGUCAAGCCACAAUAUGGGCGCUACAUUGGUAAGUUUAUAACUGUUGAAUUUGUGUUUAAUAUUUUCACUAACAAUUGUAUAAUGGUUUUUAUUUUGCAGGGCCUCGGGCCAACAUUGUGCACCGCCCAGAUUUUGAGGCUGGGUGUGUACGCGUUCUCCGCGGGAAGGCGCAGCGGCUGACGCGUGCUGAAAAGGCCGCUUUGCAGCCCUUCGAAGCUGCCAGACCGGACGACGCGGCCGCGAGUGAAGUGGAGGAGGAUCCAGCCGCGUCGUUCGUGGAGCGUCUUCGGAAGCGCCGGCGGCUUGCACAGGACCGUGUCAAGUAUGAGCAGCUGAAGAGCAUCCCACCCACGUCGAACGUGGUGGAACGCUUCUUCAGCAUUGUUUGGGUGACGUUUGGUCAUCAACGACACGGCCUGCUGCCACGCACGCUUGAGACGAUUUUGUUUCUCCGCCAGAAUCGGUCGUACUGGGAUGCAACGACUGUGGACAAUUUGAGCUAGAUGAUAAGCUAACUGGUGUCUUGUUAAUAGACUUCAUGCUUUUCACAAUGGCAUUAUUUAUUGUGGUACGUUGGAGGCAAUGCCAUAAUGUACUGUUGUAUUGGUAGGAGCGUCAGGGGAUAAUUUAUUCAGCAACGCCCAACCUGCUAAAUAAAAAUGCCAUAUUCGGAGGCCCUGCAUA